AUUUGUCACAGGCUGUCAUACCCCUGUGUAGACAAGCCCGUGACAAUAGAUAGGAUCGUGAUAAAUUUUCUAGGAGAACAUCUACAUUGCUAUGCACAAUAAUACGGGUGCACAUCUUGGCAUGUCAGUGGAAGUUGUGUAGCUGACUAGUGUGUUUAUCAUAUAGAAAUCGCGAAAGCGCCAAGACAUUCUGCUCCGCUGUGCUCCCCUUUUGCUCUUUCGGCUUCGCUGUCAACAUCGCUGACCCUCCGACACUCCAGCCCUACCCUGGUGGACUCAUAGCCAAAGGAUACCACCAUGGCGCCCUCCAGGCCGUCAUCGUCAUCAUGGCUCUCGUUCCUCUUUGCCGCAUUCGCCGUCCUCUCUUUCUCCGUUCCCGCAAAUGCCCUCUACUUCUAUAUGGACGGACGUCAGACAAAAUGCUUCUUUGAGGACUUGCCCAAGGACACUCUGGUUGUCGGACACUACAAGACCGAAGUCAUCAACUACCAGAGUGGCACGUUCGCCGUCGAUCCCAGCCUGACCAUGCUCAUCAGCGUCCAAGAGACCUUUGACAAUGACCAUCGGGUCGUCUUCCAGCGGACAAGUCAUUCAGGCCGCUUCACUUUCUCCGCAGCUGACGCUGGCCAGCACAAGAUCUGCUUGACCCCGGACUCGAACGCGGUGACCGGUGGCUGGCUCUCCGGUGCACCCACAGGUGGCGUCAAAGUAACCCUUGACGUUGCCAUUGGAGAGACGAGCAAGAUUGAAAGUGAGGAUAAGGAUAAAAUGAAGGACAUCGUGCAGAAGGUCAAGGAUCUCAAUGGGCGACUGCAGGAUAUCCGUCGAGAACAGGUGUUCCAGCGCGAACGGGAAGCGGAAUUCCGCGAUCAAUCCGAAGCCACCAAUUCCCGUGUCGUCCGUUGGACUCUGAUCCAGCUCUUCGUCCUCUCCGCAACCUGCGCUUGGCAAUUGUCUCAUCUCCGCUCCUUCUUCAUCAAGCAGAAACUGACUUGAACCACGAAAAUUUAAACAUAGAUAGGAAUGGAGAAGGGAGCAAAGAUACUGUCAAGAUCCCUCUGCUUGCACAGGAAGGGGACUUCCAUGUCAUUUCAUUUCUUCUCGUGUCUAAUAUCUCGAUUACUUUUUAAUUACUUUUUAUGUCUCUUUAUUUCUCCUUUUCAUCUUUUUUGUUUGGUCAUGAAAAUGAUUUAUGUGGGUGAGUUAGUUAACUUGUAUUCCAAGUACCUAUCGUAUAUCCGCCUCAUAUGGAUGAUGGGUCAUGUUGGUAUUGGUAUUAUCCCUUAUGCUAUUAUAAUGUAGAUAAUCAUGGCCAUAAUGAAAAAUUCUAUUCC